AUGUUGCCAGUGAGAAAAGUGGCAACGGUCGCUUGCCGAAACGCGGCCAGCACCACCGAUAAAAUGUUCAGCUACAAUGCCCCCAUGAGGAGUAAGGAAAACGGUCUCCUUUUCGGUCUGUUGGCUGCUACAGUAGCUGGAGGAGGAGCAUAUGCUUACUAUCGCCCUGGAAGGCAAUCGUCUUCCGGAAAUCGUCUUGAGCGUGCAAAAGCCCAGGGCCGUGAAGAGCAGAAAACCGUCCAGACCGCUCCGAAUGAA